CUCUCCUCGAGUCAAGCAGAAUGGCACCGCAGAAGUUCUCCGUUCUGACCUAUCUGCCGUUCGCCCAUGGCCGAAGCUAUCCUUAUUGCCGAGGCGGCCAAACGUCCCGGGCUUGACCUCACCGUAGACAGCGCGGGCACCGGGGCGUACCACGCUGGCGACGGAGCAGAUGAGCGCACAAUUGCUGUCUGCAAGAAGCAUGGCGUGCCCGUCAACUGCAUCGCUCGCCGUAUCGAGACUGAGGACUACAACAAGUUCGACUACAUCCUCGCCAUGGACCAAAGCAACCUCCAGACCCUCCAGACCCGCAAGCCCCGCGGCUCCCGAGCCCACAUCACCCUCUUCGGGACAUUUGACCCGGACCUGGCGCUGGCCUCGCCUGGUGCUCGCCUCCGCCCCGGCAUCAUCGAGGACCCCUACUACGGCGGCCGCGAAGGAUUUGAGCACGCUUACGAUCAAUGUGUGCGGUACGCGCGUGGGUUCCUCGACUUUCUAGAGGCCGGAGGCGGGGAGCCGCCCAAGCUCUAGAACAUUCAAGGUCAUUAAUAAGCUAAUCUAGCUGGUGAGGGCAUGGGGGAAGGUUAGUGAGCUAUUGUUCGCCGAGACUACUGGCGUCACGGCAUGGGGCUAGUACAUACCCGCAUGUAUAGAGUGAGACCGCCGGAUGCUGGAAGGCAUGCUGAAGCCACGAGCACUGAUCACGGUGAGUGCCUAAUGCCCGAAAGCUCACAGUCGAUCCGUCAGCGCCAAGAUCCAGGAC